AUGGGUGGGUUGCUCUGCUUGGCAGAGGUGGCGUUGGAGGACCUGGUCCUCGGGGCGCCCGGCUCCACGCCCAAGGCAGAGCUGAGGGACUUCAUCAUCGUCACGGGCGUUGGCAACAACAGCCCAGGCGGCAUCGCGCUGAUCCGGCCCGCGGUCAUCGCCUUUCUGCGGGAGGACCUGGACAUCGCGGUGCUGGAGACCCGGCACGAUGGCCCGGGCCGGCUGCGGGUGCCGGCCCACGAGCUGAGGACACGGACGGCUCACGGGGAGGGGGAGGGGGGUGUCCCGCGACCUGCGUAUCUGGAGGGCAAAAAGAUCGCCCCUGCGCUGUGGCGAAAGUGCUGUUGGAUCCUCGUGGGAAACGAUGCGGGCGCAACCUCUCACCGGACUUAA